AUGACGCGCGAGCUGGAGAUGUGGCGCAGCGAGUCGCGCAGUCAGGCCCUCGCUGCAUCGGAGGCCCGCCGACAGACGGAGGAGAGUCUCCAGGAGAUACACGCAAAUCUUCAAAAUUUAGAGGACGCGAUCAGCGAUCAGAUGCAGAAGACAAACAACCUGCGUCAGACCAUCCUGGCCAAUGACGCGGCGAUGGAGACAAUGAUGAGGACGAUCGUGAACCCUGAUCUCGCGGCACAGUAA